AUAACAACAAGAAAUGGAAGCACAACCUCCUCAAAUAGACAAUAGAUUGGAAUAUCUAGGUAGUUACGUACAAAAAACAUUAAAACUAAAGCCCGAAAAAUGGAGCCGAAUGAUGAACACUGAAGAUCACAAAGCUGUAGUCAAAAAGUUUUUAGAAAGACCUCAUCCAGUUCUCCUGGUCAUUGUGUUAACACCAACAGCACAGCUUGUAGCUGCAAAUGGAUUUCCAUUAGCUCAACUAAAAAGCAAGGGCGUUUAUUUCAUCAAGAAGGCACCAAUUCCUGUAUGUAAAAUAACGCCAUCCGAAACCGUAAUACCAGGAGACCUUUCACCUAAAAUAAUUGAUCAGCUAGCGUCACUUGUAGACGAGAUAUUGGUUCCGCUGCUGUCAAAUCCACAAAACCACGUAGGAUGGCCAGCUGUAAUAGCUAAGGAUGUCCAUAAACACGUUCAUAGUUUAAAAAGCACAGUCUACCAAGUAAAAGGUCAGGUUAAUGGCCAAACAGUUCUACCAAUGCCUGUAGGGGUCGAUAGAGUAUUUGAAGUUGAAAAACUUCUUAUAGAAAGUAACGGCGAAAUUUGCGACUUGUAUCUAAAAAGUGCUAUAGAAGGAGUUGUAAUUAAGUGGUCUGCUCAAAUCAACGAUGUGUUGGCAAACGACUCUUCUGAGAAAUGUCCAUCUGUUGUUAAUCCUGUACCCACAGUAGAAUUGCAAUUUUGGAAUAAGAGAUUAAAGAAUCUCGAAUAUAUCUAUCAGCAGCUUAGAGAACCUAAAGUAAAAAGUAUGGCUGUAAUACUAGAAAAAACAAACAGUGCUUACUUCAGCUGUUUUAAACUAUUAUUCAAGAACACCGUCAUUGCCCUUUCCGAAGCUAAAGAUAUGAAUCUUUAUUUGACACCUCUAAAAAAGCACGUGCAGUCAAUUGAAGAAACAGAAUUUAGUGAAAAUAUUCCAUUGCUGGCCCCAAUAGUUCACGUCAUUUGUCUAAUUUGGUCCAACUGUAAGUCAUUUGACCAGACAAAGUUGAUAACGCUAUUAAAACAAAUCUGUAAUUUGCUUAUACAAGAGGCAAAGAAAUUUUUGGAUCCAACUACACUUUUUCACAGUGAUAUAGACGAAGCUAUGCAAAGAGUCAGUUACUGUGUUAAAGCUCUAAAGCAGUUUAUAUCUAUUUUUAAAAGAUACAAACGCAAUCUGACGACAUACUUUCCUAAUGGACGACAAGAACCAUGGAAUUUUCAUCCAAAUUUGGUGUUCGAAAGAUUUUAUGCGUUUCUAGAAAGACUUAAAACCAUUCAAUGGUUCUUUAACACUGUAUUGGAAUUCAAUAAACUGGAGAAGGUUGAAAUAGGUGGAAUCAAGGGAAGAAUAUUAAGUUCAAGGGUAACCGAAGUUUUUCAUGAGUUUCAACAAAGCUUUAUGAUAUUUUCCGGAAAAUCGUAUGAUGUACUAGAUCCAGACGAUCCAUCUUUUAUAGCUGAUUUUGAAGAUUUUACACAUAGAAUAUUCGAAAUGGAUAUGAAGUUGGUGGCUAUUCUCUGUCAAGCAUUUGAUGAUUGUUCUAAUUUAGAAAGUAUAUUCAAGUUAAUUAAUAUUGCCGGUUCAGUCCUGGAAAGACCAAUAAUAAAAGAAGAAUUUACAAAUCAAUACGAAAAAAUAUUGGAUAUGCUAGAAAGUGAAAUCAAAAUGGUAGAGAUAAUUUUUGAUGAACAGAUGCAAACAAAGCAGAAAACUGGCCAUUUUAUUUUAGACAAAUACAUGCCUCCAGUUGCUGGCAUUUUAAGAUGGACUAGAAAUUUAUGUUUACGUCUUACAGGUCCUUUGAAUAAUUUCAAGACCUUGCAACACCCUAUUGUCCAAAGUGAAAGAUCACUAGCGCUUAUAGCAAGAGCUGAGAGGUUUUUGGAAAUAGCUGGACAGUUUACAAAAGAAACGUUCAUAAGUUGGGUGGAGGUUGUUCCAACACAAAUCGAAAUAAAUUUAAAAGAAAAUUUAUUACGAAGAGAUUCGAGAACAAAGGAGUUGUAUUUAAAUUUUAGUCCUGAGUUGAGCGCAAUAUUAAGAGAAGUUCAUUACUUGAAACUCAUGGAAGAGCCAGACAUUCCAGAAGUGGUUUUAAAAUUGGACGAAAAAAAUGAACUGUAUCAGCAGUAUAUCACUAAUCUCAAUUCUACUGUAACGUGGUACAAUAAAAUUAAAAAGACGGCUAAAGACGUAGAAUUUAAUUUAAUUGCAAAUGAAGUGAAAGAUAUUGACAAAAUGAUAACUGUAGGCGAAGAAAGUUUAAAUUGGGAAUCUGAAGCUUUAUGGGAAUAUAUGAUAAAGUUACACACUCUUGUGGGAAAUCUACAAGGACACCUUCAGAAAUGUCAGAACAACCUAAAUGAGAUCAAGAAUAUUCUCGUGCCAUUUGCUCGACAACCUCUUUUCGAAAGAAAAGACGGUCGGAAAGAUACCUUCCUGGCUAUAGAUGAAAGAACAGAAAAAUUAGAAAAAAGAAAAACAGAUAUUAAGGUUGCGACUGAUAGAAUUCUUCAACUGUUGGAAGAAAAUAUGAAUUUGUUCCAAAUGACUGAUAAACAAGAAAACGAAAAAUGGAUUCAAUAUAUUGAUCAUAUUGAUGUUGUUGUAGAGAGUUAUUUGUACCAAUCAGUAGGCUGCAGUUUGGGCUACAUAAUUGAGCAUAUGGAUCCUGGUAAUAAUUUACCCCCACUAUUUGAGUCACAGUUAAAACUUAUGGAACCGGAAAUAGUAUUUAUUCCUUCUUUGGACUCAUCUGACCCAGAAGGUUUGAAAAGUUUAAUUACGGGACUUAUAGAUGAUGCAGUUGAAACGUCAGCUAUAGUAAAAAGAUUUUCAAAAAUAAAAACAGUAUCAUAUAAAGAAGAAAUAGAAUCAAAUCAAGAUAUAGUCGACAUUAAAAAUGAUAUCCUGUCUAAUAUUGAUAAGGUUAUAGAAGAAAGCUAUGAAUUUUGUGAUAAUUAUCAAACUUAUGCUUACCUAUGGUUAGAUGACAGAGAGCAAUAUCUUGACCAAUUUUUAACGUAUGGAAGACAAUUAAAUAAUGAAGAAUUAGAUUAUCUAGGCAUGAAUGAUCCUCUGGCUCCAAAACCUUCACCUCCAAAAAUGGAGCACUUCAGGGAACAAAUCGAUAAUUUUGAAAAUUUAUCAAAUCAAGUCGAAACUAUUAAGGAAGCAGAGAUUUUUAACAAUUGGUUUAAAGUGGACGUAAGACCCUUUAAGCAAGCACUACUUAAUACCAUAAGGAAAUGGGGUAAUAUGUUUAAAGAUCACUUAGUUACUACAGUUACUACAAGUUUAUGUGACUUAAGUAACUUUAUAAGGUUGGCUGAUGAAGGUCUUCAACAAACUGUAUCUGAAGGCGACUAUCAGGCUUUGGUCAACGUUAUGGGUUUUCUUUUACAUGUAAAAGAGCGACAAGUAACAACCGACGAAAUGUUUGGUCCCCAAAGAGAUAUAAUAGAGCUAUUAAAAUUCUACGAUCAGGAUAUUCCGGAAGAAGUGAAUGUCUAUUUGCAAGAGUUGCCAGAACAAUGGAACAAUACCAAAAAGAUAGCUAUCACGGUCAAGCAGCAAGUUGCACCAUUACAAGCAGCAGAAGUUGCUUUUAUAAGGAAGCGUAUAAUAGACUUUGAUAACAGAGUUACCUAUUACAGGGAAGUUUUUAAAAAAUAUCAGUUUUUCCAAUACAAUUGUGUCGAUGCUUACGGUCUUAUUGACCAUGUCGAUAAAGAUUUAAAGAAAUUUGAGAAGAAUAUGAAAGAUAUACAGGAUUCUGGAUCAUUAUUUGAAGUAAAUGUUCCCGAGUUCAAGAUAUUGAAACAGUGCCGUAGAGAUUUACGAUUAUUAAAGCAACUUUGGGACUACAUCAAUAUAGUGCAUACAUGUGUAGAUGAUUGGAAAACUACCCCUUGGCGGAAAAUAGAUGUAGAAAACAUGGACAUUGAAUGUAAAAAGUUUGCAAAGGAAGUCAAGAUGUUAGACAAAGAGAUGAGAUCUUGGGACACCUACAUCGGCUUGGAAGCUACGGUAAAGAAUACUCUUACGUCAUUAAAGGCCGUUGGAGAAUUACAAAAUCCAGCAAUUCGAGAACGACAUUGGGAUCAAUUGAUGACUAGUACCAAGAACCUGGCUGCACUACCAAGAGAGUUUACAACAAGAAUAGUUAUGGAUCACAAUACCACACUAGCUGAUUUACUAGAGCUUAAUUUACACGAAUGCGAAGAAGAAGUUAAGAAUAUAGUAGACAAAGCAGUAAAGGAAAUGUCAAUGGAGAAAACUCUUCGAGAGCUCAACAUAACUUGGUCUGCUAUGGAAUUCGAUCAGGAAACUCACAUGAGAACAGGAUGCAAACUCUUAAGGGCUAGUGAAGAGCUAAUUGAAACUUUAGAAGAAAACCAGGUACAACUGCAGAAUUUAAUAACUUCGAAGUUUAUAGCGCAUUUCUUGGAGGAAGUGUCAUCUUGGCAAAAUAAACUUGGCACAGCUGAUCAAGUCAUUACAGUAUGGUUUGAGGUGCAAAGAACAUGGACCCACUUAGAAUCAAUUUUCAUGAGCUCCGAAGAUAUAAGGAAUCAGUUACCUGAAGACUCAGCCCGCUUUGAUAAAAUAGAUACUAACUUCAAAAAACUAAUGAUCGAAAUGGCAAAAGUUCCUAAUGUCAUUGAAUCUACAAAUCGACAAGGACUUUUAGAAAUUUUAGAAGAACAUCAGAAAAACCUUACGUUAUGCGAAAAAGCUUUGGCUGUAUACCUAGAAACCAAAAGAUUAGCAUUCCCGAGGUUUUACUUCGUUUCCUCAGCUGACCUGCUAGAUAUUCUCUCUAAUGGAAAUCAGCCCGAAUUAGUAGCGAAACAUUUAACCAAAUUGUUUGAUUCGAUUGCAAAGUUAAAUUUUGGGAGGAAUGAAGAUAAUACAUUGGAUAAACAAAUUCAUGGGAUGAUUGCCAAGGAUGGGGAACAAGUCAACUUUAAUAGCGCAACUACCUGUGAUGGAGCAGUCGAGGUGUGGUUAAAUAGAGUACAAUCUUGUAUGAGGUCUACAAUAAGAAUUUUAAUAGGAGAAGGGGUCACAACAUAUGAAGAAAAACCUAGAGAUCAAUGGUUGUUUGAUUUUCCUGCUCAGGUUUCCCUUACUUGUACACAGAUAUGGUGGACUACUGAAGUUAACAUUGCAUUUUCUAGAUUAGAGGAAGGAUAUGAUAAUUCUAUUAGAGACUAUUACAAGAAACAAGUUUCCCAACUUAGCACGUUAAUUUCAUUAUUGUUAGGUGAUUUAUCCAAACAAGACAGACAAAAAAUCAUGACAAUUUGCACAAUCGACGUACAUUCUAGAGAUGUUGUAGGCAAAUUAAUACAAUCAAAAGUUGAAAGCGCCUUAGCUUUUCAAUGGGUUUCCCAAUUACGACACAGAUGGUGCGAGAAGGAUAAAGAAUGCUAUGCAAAUAUAUGCGAUGCCCAAUUUAGAUACAGUUACGAGUAUUUGGGAAAUACUCCAAGACUUGUUAUUACUCCGCUUACAGAUCGUUGUUAUAUAACAUUAACCCAGUCACUUCAUUUAAUUAUGGGAGGAGGGCCUGCUGGACCCGCAGGCACAGGAAAAACCGAAACAACUAAAGAUCUUGGACGGGCCCUAGGAAUUAUGGUUUAUGUAUUUAAUUGUUCAGAACAAAUGGACUACAAGUCUUGUGGUAACAUAUACAAAGGUUUAGCUCAAACUGGAGCGUGGGGUUGCUUCGACGAGUUCAAUAGAAUAUCUGUAGAAGUUUUAUCGGUCGUAGCUGUCCAAGUCAAGUCUGUUUUAGACGCAAUUAAAAAUAAAAAGAUAACUUUCGAUUUUAUGGGUGAUCCUAUUCAGUUGGUACCUACAGUUGGAAUAUUUAUAACUAUGAAUCCUGGUUAUGCUGGAAGAACUGAAUUGCCUGAAAAUUUAAAAGCUUUAUUUAGGCCAUGUGCGAUGGUAGUUCCAGAUUUUGAAUUAAUCUGUGAAAUCAUGUUGGUUGCUGAAGGUUUCCAAGAAGCAAAAAUUUUAGCAAGGAAAUUCAUAACACUCUAUACUUUAUGUAAAGAAUUACUAUCUAAACAAGAUCACUAUGAUUGGGGACUAAGAGCUAUAAAAUCGGUACUUGUUGUUGCUGGAUCCCUGAAGAGAGGCGAUCCAGGCAGGCCAGAGGAGGAAGUGCUAAUGAGAGCACUACGAGAUUUUAAUAUUCCAAAAAUUGUUACGGACGACACUCCCGUGUUUAUGGGGUUAAUUGGGGACUUGUUUCCCGCUUUAGAGGUUCCUAGAAAAAGAGAUGCGGACUUUGAACGAACAGUGAAACAAGCGGCAAUUGAUUUAAAACUACAGCCCGAAGACAACUUUAUAUUGAAGGUUGUCCAGUUGGAAGAACUUCUGGAAGUGCGACAUUCAGUAUUUAUUGUUGGGAAUGCAGGCACUGGAAAAACGGAAGUCUGGAAAUCUCUUUUUAAAACUUAUUCAAAUAUGAAGAGAAAACCUGUGUAUAAUGAUUUAAACCCCAAGGCCGUUACUAAUGACGAACUUUUUGGCAUUAUCAAUCCUGCUACAAGAGAAUGGAAAGACGGUCUAUUAUCUGUACUAAUGCGCGAUCAAGCAAACUUAUCUGGUGACAAUCCUAAAUGGAUAAUCCUUGAUGGUGAUAUAGAUCCUAUGUGGAUUGAAUCACUAAAUACUGUAAUGGACGAUAACAAAGUAUUAACAUUGGCCAGCAACGAGCGCAUAGCUCUAACUCCGGUUAUGAGACUACUCUUUGAAAUAUCUAAUUUGAGAACUGCUACCCCAGCUACAGUAUCACGUGCUGGAAUUCUUUAUAUCAAUCCUCAGGAUUUGGGCUGGAACCCGUACGUGACUAGUUGGAUAGAAACCAGAGAAAUCGUUGCAGAAAAGUCAAACUUAAUAAUGCUUUUUGAUAAAUAUAUUCCUGCCUGUUUAGAAAAUGUUAGAACGCGAUUUAAGAAGAUUACGCCAAUAGUUGAAACGUCUCAUCUUGCGAUGUUAUGUCAUCUUUUGGACUGUCUCUUAACGCCACAGAAUACACCUGUAGAGUGUCCAAAAGAAUGGUAUGAGUUAUAUUUCGUAUUUUGUUGCGUUUGGGCGUUCGGAUCAGCAAUGUUUCAAGAACAGGCAACCGAUUAUAGAGUGGAAUUUACUAAAUGGUGGGGCAAUGAAUUUAAAACUGUGAAAUUUCCUCCAGGUGGAACCAUUUUUGACUAUUUCAUAGACCACGAAACUAAACAAUUUGUUCCAUGGACAGAGAGUCUUGGCAGAUUUGAAUUAGAUCCAGAUGUACCAUUACAGGCAGUUUUAGUACACACUGCAGAAUCUAUACGAGUUAGAUACUUCUUAGAUCUUCUACUGAAAAAACGGACACCAGUGAUGUUGGUAGGAAACGCAGGUUGUGGCAAGACGGUUUUGGUCAAUGAAAAACUAGCCUCACUUUCCGAAAACUACGCAAUUACUAAUAUUCCUUUCAACUUUUACACCACAUCCGAAAUGCUGCAAAAAAUAUUAGAGAAGCCUCUGGAGAAAAAAGCGGGAAGGAAUUAUGGCCCCCCGGGGAGUAAGACUAUGAUUUAUUUUAUUGAUGACAUGAAUAUGCCUGAAGUGGAUGGAUAUGGAACUGUACAACCACAUACGUUGAUCAGGCAGCAUUUGGACUAUAGACAUUGGUAUGACCGAAACAAGCUAAGUCUCAAGGAAAUCCAUAAUUGUCAAUACGUCUCGUGUAUGAACCCAACUGCUGGUAGUUUUACAAUUAAUCCUCGACUUCAGCGCCAUUUCUGUGUAUUUGCCAUUUCUUUUCCUGGGACGGAGGCACUGACAACUAUUUACAAAACAAUAUUAAGCCAACAUUUCAGUAAUGCAGAACUCAAGUUUCCUUCGUAUAUUGCGAAAAUGUGUGACAACGUUGUUGCUGCUACAGUCGUCUUACAUCACAAAGCAUCUCAAAUAUUCCUUCCAACUGCUGUCAAAUUUCAUUACAUUUUUAAUUUAAGAGACAUCUCUAACGUUUUUCAGGGCCUCUUAUUUAGUACCAAUGAAUGUCUAAGCCAACCAACAGAUGUCGUAAGAUUGUGGUUACAUGAAUGUCAACGAGUUUAUGGUGAUAAAUUAACCGAAGAGAAGGAUAUAGAUGCUUUCUCAAAAUUACAGCUAGAUGUUUUUAAGAAAAACUAUGAGGAAAUUGACGAAUCAAUUGUCUUGGAAAAACCAAAUAUUUAUUGCCAUUUUGCUGGAGGUAUUGGUGAACCUAAGUACAUGCCAGUAAAAAAGUGGAUCAAUUUAACAAAAUUGCUAAACGAAGCUAUGGUAAGUUAUAAUGAUUUGGUAGCAGCAAUGAAUUUGGUUCUUUUCGAAGACGCGAUGAUGCACAUAUGCAGAAUUAACAGAAUAUUAGAAUCUCCACGUGGAAGCGCAUUAUUAGUUGGAGUCGGAGGGAGCGGAAAACAGUCUUUAUCCAGAUUAGCAGCCUUUAUAUCAUCUCUAGAAGUUGCUCAGAUACAACUUAAAAAGGGAUAUGGAGUUUUGGAUCUUAAAAAAGAACUGUCCUCUUUAUAUCUGAAAAGUGGUUUAAAAAAUGUUGGAAUAAUGUUUUUAAUGACGGACGCACAGGUUCCCAACGAACAAUUUCUUGUAUUGAUUAAUGACAUGCUAGCCUCCGGAGAAAUCCCAGACAUGUUUCCAGACGAUGAAAUCGAAAAUAUCAUAGCUGGCGUUCGUAACGAAGUUAAAGGAGCUGGAAUGCUGGAUACACGAGAAAAUUGCUGGAAAUUUUUCAUAGAUCGUGUAAGAAGACAAUUAAAAGUGGUACUUUGUUUCUCUCCAGUAGGGUCUACUCUCCGAGUUAGAGCCAGAAAGUUCCCGUCAUUAAUUAAUUGCACACAAGUAAACUGGUUUCAUGAAUGGCCACAGGAGGCGUUGGUAUCGGUUGCUUUACGGUUUUUGGAAGAUAUUGAUGUUUUACCCGUCGAUUUGCAUGACUCCUCAGCGCGUUUCAUGGCAUAUGCGCAUACUUCUGUAAAUGCAAUUUCAAAAGUAUUUCUGCAAAACGAAAGAAGGUACAAUUAUACAACACCUAAAUCUUAUCUAGAACAAAUCAACCUAUAUUCUAAAUUGUUACGUCAAAAAUCAGAAGAACUUAGACAAAAAGUACUUAGACUAGAAAAUGGUUUAGACAAACUAAGAAGCACGUCUGUUCAAGUUGACGAAUUAAAGAAAAAACUGGCAAUACAAGAGAUCGAGCUUAAAGAAAAAAAUGAAGCUGCGGAUAGAUUAAUUGAAAUAGUUGGUGUAGAAACAGAGAAGGUUUCCAUAGAAAAGAAUUUGGCAGACGAAGAAGAAGAAAGAGUUGCAGUUAUAGCGGAAGAAGUUAGUAAAAAACAAAAAGACUGCGAGGAAGAUCUACUGAAAGCAGAACCGGCUUUACUGGCUGCUCAAGAGGCUUUAAAUACAUUAAAUAAAGCGAAUUUAACUGAGUUAAAGUCGUUUGGUUCUCCUCCAGGAGCUGUAACCAAUGUUACUGCAGCUGUAAUGGUACUUUUGUCACCUGGCGGUAAAGUUCCUAAGGAUAGAAGUUGGAAAUCUGCUAAACUGAUGAUGGCAAAAGUAGAUACUUUUCUUGAUUCUCUUAUUAAUUAUGACAAAGAAAAUAUUCAUCCUGAGGUUACAAAAGCGAUUGAACCAUAUCUUAAAGAUGCAGAAUUCGAACCAGAAUUUGUGAGGUCUAAAUCAGCAGCAGCUGCGGGUUUGUGUGCGUGGGUAAUAAAUAUAAUAAAGUUCUUUGAAGUAUUUUGCGAUGUUGAACCCAAAAGGAAAGCUCUGGCUGCUGCCAAUCUCGAGCUUGCAGCUGCCCAGGACAAACUUAAUUCUAUUAAAAAGAAAGUCGCGUCACUAGAAGAACAGCUAGCUAAGCUAACAGCAGAUUUUGAAACGGCUACUCGAGAAAAACUACUCUGUCAACAAGAAGCUGAUGCUACUAAUGCAACUAUCCAAUUAGCUAACAGAUUAGUAGGCGGACUGGCAAGUGAAAAUGUCCGCUGGGCCGACUCAGUUAACAGUUUCAUAGAAAGUGGUAAAAUGAUGCCUGGAGAUGUGCUACUAACAACAGCUUUUAUAUCCUACGUAGGUUGUUUCACUAAACAAUACAGGUUGGAUUUAGUACAUAAAAUGUGGCUUCCAUUUCUCCGAAACUCUGAUCCUAAAGUUCCUCUUACAGAAGAUCUAGAUCCUCUUUCUUUACUGACCGAUGAUACCAUCGUAGCAAAAUGGCAAAAUGAGGGAUUACCAAGUGAUCGAAUGUCGAUAGAAAAUGCAACUAUCUUGUCCAAUUCCGAGAGAUGGCCACUGAUGAUCGAUCCACAGUUGCAAGGUAUAAAAUGGAUAAAACAAAGAUAUGGGGACGAUCUUAGAGUUAUUAGAUUGGGGCAAAAGAGCUACUUAGACGUUAUUGAAAGAUGUAUAACAGAGGGAGCAAUAGUGUUAUUGGAGAAUAUUGAAGAAAAUUUAGAUCCGGUUUUAGAUACGUUGCUUGGAAGAUACCUUAUUAAGAAAGGAAAAGCUAUUAAAAUAGGAGACAAAGAAAUAGAAUAUAACCAAAACUUUCGAUUAAUUCUUCAUACAAAAUUGGCAAACCCUCAUUAUAAACCAGAAAUGCAAGCACAGGCGACUUUGAUUAAUUUUACAGUAACCAGAGAUGGACUAGAAGAUCAACUGCUCGCUGAAGUCGUUAAAGCUGAGAGACCAGAUUUGGAGGAAUUAAAGGCUGAUCUUACUAAGCAACAAAACGAUUUUAAAAUCAUUCUUAAGUCAUUAGAAGACGAUCUACUUUCGAGAUUAUCAUCUGCUGGGGGUAACAUCUUAGGUGACACGACUUUGGUUGAAAAUUUAGAAACUACAAAACGUACGGCUGCUGAAAUUGAACAAAAAGUAGCAGAAGCGAAAAUUACGUCUGUGCAGAUAGAUCAAGCUCGAGAACAUUACAGACCAGCUGCAGCUAGAGCUAGCUUGCUAUAUUUUAUACUUAACGAAUUGAAUACUAUAAAUCCAAUUUAUCAAUUCUCGUUAAAGGCUUUCAGUGUAGUAUUUCAAAAAGCAAUCUCGAAAGCAGAUCAAGCCGAAGAUGUGACGACAAGAGUAAAUAAUUUGAUAUCCUGCAUUACUUUUUCCGUCUUUCAAUAUACUACAAGGGGACUAUUUGAAUGUGAUAAACUAAUUUUUGCUUCUCAAAUGACUUUUCAGAUUCUACUAAUGAGUGAAGAAAUCCUGUCCACAGAUCUAGAUUUUCUUUUAAGAUUCCCGAUCAAACCGCACGUGACGAGCCCUGUAGAUUUUCUUUCCAACACGAGUUGGGGAGGAAUUUGCAGCCUUGCUACAAAAGACGAGUUCAGGAACCUUGACAGAGAUAUUGAGAUGUCCCCAAAGCGAUGGAAAAAACUGGUAGAAUGCGAAAGUCCGGAAAGAGAAAAAUUUCCUCAGGAGUGGAAAAGCAAAACAGCAUUGCAGAGAUUAUGUAUGAUGAGAGCUUUACGACCUGAUAGAAUGAUAUAUGCAAUGAUGGCAUUUAUAGAAGAAAAAUUGGGCACAAAGUAUGUAGAAAACAAGACGGUAGAAUUUGAAAAGUCAUAUGAGGAAACUAGUCCGUCCACGCCGAUAUUUUUUAUAUUAUCCCCCGGAGUAAAUCCUUUAAAGGACGUUGAAAACUUGGGAGAGAAGAUGGGAUUUACAGCAGAGAAACAAAAUUUUCACAACGUCAGUUUAGGUCAAGGCCAAGAAGUAAUUGCUGAAAAUGCAAUGGAAGUCGCAGCCAAAAACGGACAUUGGGUAGUCCUGCAAAAUAUCCAUCUCGUCAAAAAAUGGUUGCCAGCUUUGGAAAAGAAGCUUGAGCAAUAUGCUGAAGGAUCUCAUCCUGAUUAUAGAGUAUUCGUGAGUGCUGAGCCUGCAGCUAGCGCAAGUGCACACAUAAUCCCACAGGGCAUUCUAGAAUCUUCAAUUAAAAUCACCAACGAACCACCUACAGGCAUGCAGGCAAACAUUCACAAAGCACUUUCAAACUUUAAUCAGGAGACCCUCGAGCAGUGUGGAAAGGAGGCCGAAUUUAAAGUAAUAUUAUUUUCAUUGUGCUACUUUCAUGCUGUGGUGGCUGAGCGACGGAAAUUUGGUCCACAAGGAUGGAAUAAAAUAUAUCCGUUUAAUGUCGGCGAUCUUACUAUUAGCGUGUUUGUGCUUUAUAAUUACUUAGAGGCUAAUUCUAAAGUUCCAUGGGAGGAUCUUAGGUAUUUAUUCGGGGAGAUUAUGUACGGAGGACAUAUUACAGAUGACUGGGAUAGACGACUGUGUAUUACAUAUUUGGAAGAACUUAUGCAACCUGACUUGGUUGAUGGAGAAUUAAUGUUGGCUCCAGGUUUUGCUGCACCUCCAAAUACUGAUUAUGUUGGUUACCAUGCCUAUAUUGACGAUAUGAUGCCCCCAGAAUCUCCUUAUUUGUACGGGCUACAUCCUAACGCAGAAAUAGGCUUCCUAACAACAACCGCCGAAAAUUUAUUCAAAACGGUAUUUGAGAUGCAGCCUAGAGACGGAGGAGCUACUGGUGGAGCUACAAUCACCCGAGAAGAUAAGGUUAAACAAAUGGUAGAUGAGAUGUUAGAAAAAUUACCAGAAGAUUUCAAUAUGGCGGAAAUUAUGGGAAAGGUGGAGGAACGUACUCCAUAUGUGAUAGUAGCUUUCCAAGAAUGCGAAAGAAUGAAUUAUCUCACAGCGGAAAUAAAAAGAUCGUUAAAAGAAUUGGAGCUGGGGAUAAAAGGUGAACUUACAAUAACUUCAGAUAUGGAAGAUUUAGAAAAUGCUCUGUUUUUGGAUCAAGUACCACCCGUUUGGGCUCUCAGAGCAUACCCAUCUUUACUUGGGUUGAGUUCUUGGUUUGUUGAUUUGUUGCUAAGGAUAAGGGAACUGGAGACAUGGUCGACCGAUUUUGUGCUUCCAGCUUCAGUUUGGCUUGGUGGAUUUUUCAAUCCUCAAUCUCUUCUUACGGCGAUAAUGCAAAGUACAGCACGAAGAAAUGAAUUGCCAUUAGACAAGAUGUGUCUUCAAUGUGAUGUUACUAAAAAACAAAAAGAAGAAUUUACGAGUGCUCCUAGAGAUGGUGCUUACAUUCAUGGUUUACAUAUGGAAGGAGCUAGAUGGGACGUUCAAACUGGAAUUAUAGUAGAUUCUCGGUUAAAAGAACUAUUUCCAUCUAUGCCAGUGAUCAAUGUUAGAGCCAUUACUCAAGAUAAACAAGAUCUAAGAAAUAUGUACGAAUGUCCUGUAUAUAAGACGAGAACAAGAGGACCUACUUAUGUUUGGACCUUUAAUUUGAAAAUUAAAGAUAAACCGGCGAAAUGGACUUUAGCUGGUGUAGCAUUACUACUACAGAUAUAAUAUGGAAUACAAUAUGGAAUGUACUAUAAAAAUAUCUAUAUUCCACAUACAGUGCUAGUCAGAAGUCCGUACCCCCCCCUCGUAUCUUUUGAACGGUUAUACCUAUAAUAGUGAAAUUUGGAGGGAGGAAAUAAACGGACGUAAGCUUCUUAACUAGUCAUGACAGAUGACGUAAUAGUGACAGAUGACUUUACAGCGCCACUGUGACAGAUAAUUUUAAAUGGGACCUUAUGGCAAGUGAUACCUCGUUUGAAAGGUAUUGAAAAUACCUAUUCAUUUAUACUAAUUUUGUUUGAGUUUAAGCUAAUUUUGAUGAAAAAAUGAAAUAAAUAUAAAAUUGUAGUUUCGCAUUUAAUUAAUAAAAAUUCAAAAUUCUGCCUAUGAUUACUUGUCAAAAGGGUUGAAGUUUACGUAAAAACUACUAGAAAAUUGAAAAACGUCAAAUUUUUUGACAAAGAAACCAUAGGCGGACAUUUGAAUUUUUGUUAAUUAAAUGAGAAACUACAAUAUUAUAUUUAUUUAAUUUAUUCACCAAAAUAAAAAUCCACCUACACCCAAAAAAAUUAGUAUGGCUGAAUAGGUAUUUUAAAUACCUUUCAAACGAGGUAUCACUUGCCAUAAGGUCCCAUUUAAAAUUAUCGGUCACAGUGGCUCUGUAACGUCAUCUGUCACUAUUACGUCACCUGUCAUGACUAGUUAAGGAGCUUAUGUCCGUUUAUUUCCUCCCUCCAAAUUUCACUUUUGUACGUAUAACCGUUCAAAAGAUAAGAGGGGGGGUACGGACUUUUGACUAGCACUGUAUAAUUAGAGCUGAAUAUUUUCACUACCACCGUUCGGGACUUCGUUUUUUUUUACUAUUAGUCCAAAUGUAAGCUUUUAGUUUUAAUUCAUUCCUGCUAUUAUAUAUUAAGUCAAAGACUUGAUAGUCAUGGAUGGUACAUAUCUAGAGAUAAGACGAAAAAAAGUAACAGUAUUACAAUAGAAGCCGAUAGGAAAACGAAAAAAAAGGCCCAGGACGAGAUAGUUCGAUCUUGGAUGACGUAAAUAUAAAACUUUAAUUCAUGGAAAACCAUGAAUUUUGGAGGAGAAGGGCACAAGAGAGAUCUGAAUGGAAGGACAUGGCCUGACAGGUAAAGAUCCAUCCAGAGUUAUGAUGUAAAAAGAAGAUGAUUAAAUAUACAAUAGAGACAUAGUGGGAAUCUGACAUCACAUAUAUAAAUGCAAUAUUUACAUUAAAUUGUUUAUCCAUAUAAAAAUACCGUACAGUAUUAAUAUUUUUAGAAUAAUAAGUAAAUAAAAUAUUUAAUGUAUUGUUAUGUUAUGUACGCAAAGGCUUUGUUAAUUUUUAAUUUAAUUAAACACAUUUCACUGGCAAA